CCUUAUAGAUACUUUCCACAAUCACCUUUUUGUCAUUUGAUCUUUCGCUAUGUGACUGUGUUACUGCUCAUAUUUCUUGCAAAUUGCACUAGAUUUUUUUCUUCUGUGAUAUUUUUUAAUCUGCAUGUAAUCUUUAUUGUCGGACACAGUUGAUAUGGAGUUUCCCUUCAAGGAGCCAGCCUGUCUUUCAUUCUGCCUCAGCUUCCUGAUUCCACAGAAUUGUCUCUGCGGAGCCAAAAUGUCAUCGCAGUCACUCAACAAAAAAGGAAAUCCAUUAAGAGCUUUCUGAGGAGGAACAGGAAACCCAGCAGCGCACGAGGUCAUCUGAAUGCACUCAACUGUGCCAGGAAAAAAUGAGGGAGGGGCUUGUUCAUUAACCCCCUUCCUCAGGAGUCUCUCACCAGUCAGACCAUAAGCCUCAUGAUGGUACCUCGGGUCAGCGGUCAGCCUCAGAGGUUACUGUCACACACUUCACCUCCAUCCACCAUGGGCCUGUACCUGCUCCUCCAUCUCCUCAUCUUAGGUAUUGUGGAGUCCCAAACAUCCAACAUUACACUUGGGAUGAGCAACGUAGAGGAGAAACUAAGGUUUCAGCUCAGCAACCAAACAUCCAUGGACAACAGUACAAUGAGCAGAGUCAAUGGAACUUUCAGUUACGAUGAGUUGACUAAAAUUGAGGAGGAACUGAACACACAAAGUAACCAAACUGUUAUCACAGAGGAUGAUGAAAAUUUUCAGUCAUGGGAAAAUGAGCAGCGACCCGGUCACUGCCAAGAGAAACUACUGCUUGCAGGCAUACAUGCGUACUGUGCUUCUCCCUUUCAUGAGGAGAUGUUGACUUUAAACUGGUGUGUCCUGGAAGAUGUCAUCAGACCGUACAACGACAUGACAAUAUGCGUGGAAAACUGGAGUUAUUUAUGUCAUUGCUUUUUCCCAAACCAAAACAUCCAAGAGUUCUUCCUCGAAGUCCACUCUUACUAUUUCCAAAACUGUCCCAAAGAAGAGUUUGAACUGGAGGACGCUCCUCAGUGGCUGGUCGUCACCCUCACCAUCGUCCCCGUCAGCCUCAUCCCAGCCCUGGUUUAUCUGGUGGUUCAAAAAAGUAAAGAGCAGGAGUGAAGAGGCUCCGACGUUACAUCAGAUUGUACAUUCUACAUAUCACAGCACCACUAUAGAACUAACAGAUUAUACCGCUACAAAAUGAGAUAAAUAGUUGAAUUUUUAAGACUGUAAAUAGUGUUAAUUCAGUGUUUUAUGAGUGUUUGUGUGUCAAAAUAUGCUCUGAUUGUGUGUUUUCUAAGAGUGAAAGAAGAUAGGUUUAUGGUAAAAAGCUCAUGUACAUGUGGGCAUCUGAAUAAUUCUACUAGACAGAAGCUUAUUGAAUAAAUUCAGUUAAAUGCAGUUAAAGACCCAAACGUCCACCAACAACUAAAACCAUCUACUGAUCUAAAAUGUUUAAUAUCUGUUGAUCCACUAAUCCUAUCAAUACAUGUAAAUAAUUGGUGUAAAAUUCAGUUUAUCAUCUU